AUGUGUGGUAUUGGUGGAUACAGGCUCUACUGUGACGGUCAUGAGACCAGAUUUGGUACCGACCAAUGCCAGACUGGAGCCCACCACGGUGCGGUUACGCACAGUGACAGGGGAACUCGCACCAAUGAAGGGGAGGGAGAUGUGGUACAACAUGUACACCUAGUACAACAUGAAAUAGAAACUGGAGAUGCAACACCCAUUAGGCUGCGACCACGUAGGCUCCCUUUUGUACGACAGGACGCUGCUGAUAAGGCCUUGACAGAAAUGGUACAAGCAGGAAUAAUUGAGCCCUCCGAGAGUGCAUGGGCUGCACCGGUAGUCUUAGUGCCUAAGAAGGGGGGCCAGUGGAGGUUUUGUGUUGACUACAGAUGCCUUAAUGACGUGACCAGGAAGGACUCCUACCCCAUUCCACGGGUUGACGAGUCGCUUGACCUGGUGGUGGGGUCCUCCUGGUAAACUUCCUUGGACCUUCGUUCUGGCUAUUGGCAGGUACCGCUUGCGCCUGAUGCAAGGCCUAAAACAGCUUUUUGCACAAGUCGAGGGUUGUGGCAGUUUCGGGUGCUCUGUUUCGGUCUCUGCAAUGCGCCUGCCACGUUUGCAAGGUUAAUGGACAAGGUGUUGUCGGGUAUUCCCAGGUCUGAGUGUCUGGUGUAUCUAGAUGACAUACUGGUUCAUGGUAGCUCUUUUCAAACCUUACUGGAAUCCCUCACUCAUGUACUGGUUCGUGUGAGUGAGGCUGGCUUGAAGCAGCACCCAGAAAAAUGUAAAUUCUUUAGGAGGGAGGUGACAUUUCUAGGACACAAAUUGGAGGGACAGGGAAUUGGCACAGUAGAAGAGAAGGUGCAGGCUGUGAGCAAUUGGCCUUCUCCCACCACAGCACAGCAGCUGAAAAGUUUUCUUGGCUUAGCCUCAUAUUACAGGAGGUUUAUGAAGGGUUUUGCCAGCAUCGCAGACCCACUUUUCCACCUACUGAAGAAGGAUAAGUCCUUUAGGUGGACGGAGGAGUGUCGGGAUUCCUUUGCUGCUCUGAAGCAGUGGCUUAUGUCAGUUAAAGAGCCAGAAGGCCAACUGGCAUGCUGGAUUGAAGAACUUCAGGCGUACAACAUGAUGGUAUUUCACCGUGCAGGGUUGAGCCAUGCAAACGCAGAUGCUCUGUCUCGCCGGCCAUGUGCCAUAGCUGGGUGUCGCUACUGCGACAAGAAGGAAGCCAGGGACAGAGAGCUGGGGAACAUUGAUGUGGGGGAGAAUUCGGCGGAUUUUAUGCCUGCUCUGGAGAAUGAGGCAGGACACGGGCUGGGCAGUUCUGAUCCGUUAGAUGUUCCCCGUGAAACUACACCAGUUCCAGAACUACAAAGUUCAAAUUCUGGUAGUCCUGUUGCAGACAUGGGCUCACCUCGGCCUCAGAGAGUCAAGAGACCACCAAGGCGUCUCCAGGACUCUAUUGCCUGGUCAAUUGCAAUCGAACUACUUCAGCUGUCAGAAAGUUACGGAUAUAUGGACAGGCGGGAGGUUGAGAGGUGA